GGUCUUGUACAAGGGCCCCCUGUUUGCCUUUGUAUUUAAUUUUUUAUUUAUCCUUUCAUAGUUAACCUCACAAGUUUCAAAAUAUCUAAAGAUCUUUGGUGGCAGCAAGAAUUUACCAGAGUGGUUUCAGGAGGGAGAAGGAAAAAGGGAAAAGGAGAAACAUAUUGCUGCCAAGGGAUAAAUUGUCAUCAGAGUGAGAAGUCACGGGAAAGAAGAUCAAGCCUGGCUGUUUAAUCAAACAACACCAAACUAAGGUACAAGACUGCGGGGGAGCAGGGGGGAUCAUGUCGACCCCGGCCAGGAGGAGGCUCCUGCGGGACUUCAAGCGAUUGCAAGAAGACCCACCCAUGGGUGUCAACGCCGCACCAUCUGAAAGCAACAUCCUGCAGUGGGACGCAGUUAUAUUUGGGCCACAAGGCACCCCCUUUGAGGAUGGCACCUUUAAACUAGUCAUCGAAUUCUCAGAAGAGUAUCCGAAUAAACCUCCCACUGUUAGGUUCUUAUCAAAGAUGUUUCAUCCAAAUGUCUACGCCGAUGGUAGCAUAUGCCUAGAUAUCCUCCAGAAUCGCUGGAGUCCAACGUAUGACGUGUCCUCUAUUUUAACAUCAAUUCAGGCUCUGCUGGAUGAACCCAAUCCCAACAGCCCUGCCAAUAGCCAGGCAGCACAGCUUUAUCAAGAAAACAAACGAGAAUAUGAGAAAAAAGUUUCAGCUAUUGUUGAACAAAGCUGGAAGGAUUCACAAUAGACAACUGCUCUGUUCAUCCUCAUCAUCAUUAUUGUGUAUAAUUUACCUCUCAGUAGAAAGGCUACCAGAAAUUUUAAGUGCCACAGGUUUUAAGGAUUUGCAUACAAAAAAGAAAAAAAAAGCCCUUCAGUUUAGAACCUUUAAAGGCUUGUGUAUCUUGAUUAA